CAAUAUGACUAUGUCUCUGUGCGUUACAUUCUAGCAGUCGGCACUCAACCUUCUCUCCGUGUACAGUUUACACCUAGCGCUCCGUCCGGCGUCUACUCUAACCUAGACCCAGAGCUUUGAGCUCCCAAUUAUGUGAUUAGUUGGUUGGUCCAGCCACAGCGACUAAAAUGGUUCUUGGACUUUAAGAGAUAAAAUAACAGAUGUUCUAAGAUGGCUGACUACAGAAUGACUACUUGUCUUUCUCUUCCUUCGCCAGCCUUUUCCUUUAUUUUUUUAUUAAUAAUUCAGUUAAUUUCACCCAGUUGGGGGGACGAUGGCGAGGUGGUUAGAACGCGGCGUCAACAGCCUGUGAAUAUGCCCCAGAUUACAGACUUGGAUGUGACAUGUGAAAAGUCUGGGAUGACAGUAGACAUUGAGUUCUCUGCUCCCUUCAAUGGAGUUAUUUUCUCCAAGGGUCAUUUUACGAACCCUGCCUGCAGAUAUAUGAACGCUGGCCAGAGUAUAACUAAGUCAAGGUUUGAAAUUCCAAUGGCGGACUGCGGCACUUCUAUAUUUGAGGAGGAGGCAAGCAAUGCCGUAGACAAGUCCGAGACUAAGACCGGGUUCUCCAACAUUAUCAUCAUCCAGAUGGAUGAGGAGGUUCAAGAGAUUUGGGACUCUGCCCGCAAGAUCAACUGUGAGUGGGUUAGCCUAAUCAAAAAGCAUGUUGAGUUCCAACCCUUUGAGGUGCAAAUGCUUGACUUUAAGGAGGUUAAAUUCCAGGGAGAUUCAGUAGAAUGCUUUAUGGAUCUCCAGGCGGGAAAAUAUCCAGAGUCGGCGGAUAUCACUGAAGCGGUGAAAAUCGGUGAACCAUUAUCCCUCCUGGUGUAUGCUCAAGACGACGAAGGAAUGUAUGAUAUUCAUGUCAAGGAGUGCUUUGCAUAUUCUAGCGAUAAAUAUGAUUCCAAUGAGACAGUAAAACUGCAGCUGACUGACGAGCGCGGGUGUGUCAUGAAGAAUAAACUCCUUGAUGGGUUCUUUACUGCAAGAGAGCCCACAGAGAAUGGCGGGAGCAAGAUUGUUGCAUACGGAUAUUUGUCCGCUUUCAAGUUUCCUGAUGUGUUUGAUGUAUUUACUACUUGUGAGGUCGAGAUUUGUAAAGGCGGAUGUAAUAAUAAAUGUGAGGUUCAGUCCAAAAAUAAUCUAAUCCUUCCAUCUGUUCCAAUAGCAUCAUCAACAACAACACCAACAACAGCUCCUUUUAGAGAAGGCGUUGAACUAUUUGGGGGUCCAAUAUCUUGUGAUGAGCCAGAUACUGCCAGAAUUGACCCAAGAUGCCGGCAACCAAAGAGUCUUGAAGAGGAUUUGGACUGUGGGAAUGAUCCCUUCAAUGAUAAGUGUCCUCCAGACUGUCUCAGAUUUACGGAAGAUACUCGUUGUCUCCCAGACUGCGACUUGGAUCCGUUCAAUCCUAAAUGUCCAGCGGAUUGUCUAAAAUACUCUGGACAGGACCCAAGGUGUCCUGUGGAUUGUAACAAGGAUCCUAUGAAUCCUAAAUGUCCCCCAGACUGUAAAAUAUUUAGAGGAAAAGAUGAACGCUGUCCUUGCAGUGCUAAUCCCAUCCAUCCUAACUGCACCCCCGACUGUGCAAAUUUUGGAGACAAAGACCCCCGCUGUCCUCCUGACUGCAGUAGAACUCCAUUCCAUCCCCGGUGUCCCGCCAACUGUUCAUUUUUUGCUGGUCAGGAUCCACGCUGCCCCUGCUCGGAGAAUCCCCUCAGUAAAAACUGUCCCCCUGACUGCACUAGAUUUGAAACCACAGAUCCUCGUUGCAAACCAGACUGUGAUCUUGAACCCUUCCACCCCUGGUGCCCUGAAGACUGUGACAGGUACACAGGUUCAGAUCCCCGUUGCCCCUGUAAGAAGAACCCCCUGCACGCUGACUGUCCCCCUGUCUGCACCCAAAACACUGAGGACCCCAGGUGUCCUCCUGAUUGUGACAGAGACCCCUUCAACGUGAGGUGUCCUGCUGAUUGUACAAGAAAUGUGGGGAAGGACCCAAGAUGUCCCUGCUCUCAAUUUCCUCUCCACCCCUCCUGCCCCCCAGACUGUCAGAAGUUUAGAGACAAGGAUCCCCGCUGCCCCCCUGACUGCAAUGCAAAUCCGUAUCAUGAUAAAUGCGAACCUAACUGCGAGCUUUACACUGGGAAAGAUCCAAGAUGCCCGUGUGCAAAAAUCCCUCUACAUGCUAAUUGUCCUGAAAAUUGCAAACUGUUUACGGGACAGGACCCUAGGUGUCCCUGCUCCAAAGACCCAACACAUGUCAACUGUCCUCCUGAUUGCAGACAAUUUAAGGACAAAGACCCAAGAUGUAAAAACUUUUGUGUCGAAAAUCCAACUGAUCCCAGUUGUGAGGGAGUAGAACUUUUUGGCCAACCGCUUUCUGUCACUUCAACAACAAUAACAACAACUGUUGUAACAACUUUAUCAACAGCCAAACCAACAACAACUACAAAAGUGCCUAGAACCACUGCACAAACUCCCAGAGCUGGUCGUCAAAAUGUACAGGAGCAUCAUGGACAUCAUGAAGAUCAUCAUCAUCAUCAUGGGGAUAUCCGCAAUCACCCAUUCCAUAGCUUCCACUACGACCCUGGAGAUGGUCGAAGGGGUCGUGGAAAGCGUCUUGGCAGAAGUAUUAGUUUUGAGGCUGAACCAAUCUCAGGUCGUGCCAGGUUGGCCCGGCAUAUCAAGGUGGUUUCACCUGAUUCUGGCGUUCCUCAAGGUUCAAAGUUUGGACCCAGCUCUCUGGACUUUGACAGCAAAGACUCCGGACUCGUAUGUUUGACCCAAGGGUCCUUCCUAUCUGGAAUCAUAGUUCUCCUAGUUCUCCUAGUCAUUGUUUUAUCUGUUCUUAUUUUCUACUGUAUCCGAGAGCGGAGAAGAGAAGCAUUGGAUAAAAAUUCAGUCAUGUCAAAUAUGUAUGAACUGCGAACCUAGACUGAAAGUAGCAAAUUUUGCAUAAUGAUAAGCUUUGUUAAGUUUUCCCCCUCUAAGCUGUUCCCCCUUUGUUCUUGUUUGUUUUUAAACCCCCCGGUGUUGUAUUAGAAUUAACUGUGAUAGAGUUUUCCGAAUUGAAAUGCCAUAAAAAGUGCCAUAAACGUACCAUUUGCAAAUGCGCCAUUCUAAGAAUGCAAUUUUAUUUAUUUUUAGCUGCCAUAAAUGGCUAUUGUGUGUUGAUAUUUACAGCGUUUGUAUUGAAUUUAAUACAUAUUUAUUAUUACCUAUUUAUGAAAAAUAUAUUAAACAAUUUUUACUUUA